AAUACGAGACGAGUAUAUUUGCAAUAUUUAUUGAAAUUGUUUUAAAACUUAAAAUGAACAGUGUACGUCGAACUGAAGGACAGUUUUAUCACUAACUGCGAAAAGUACGAACGAACUUUUUUUAGCCGGAAAAAUAAAAAAACUCGAUUUAAAAUGAACUGCCUUGCUCAUAUUAUUAAAUACAUUUUGUUUGUCAGUAAUUUAGUAUUUUUGAUAUGCGGUAUCCUUCUUAUUGUGUUCGGAUCUCUUGCAAUAUCAAGUUUGAAAGACUUCUUGGAUUUUGCUGAAGCCGAUUCAAUAAAUACACUUCCGAUAUGCAUUUUGAUUCUCGGUUGUAUCAUAUUUGUCGUUUCAUUCCUUGGAUGUUGUGGAGCGAUAAAGGAUAAUAGAUGUCUCGUCAAUAGCUACUGCAUUUGUAUGCUGAUUCUUGUAAUUUUACAAAUUGCAUUGAUUGUUUAUACGUGGCUUUAUAUGAAUAAAAUCUUGGACAGUAUAGCCACAGUUGUAGAUAAGGCAUGGGAUAUUCAUGACAAUCAACCAGGCUACAUGGAUGCUCUUCAAAUGGGUUACAAAUGUUGUGGCAAAAAUGGACCCACUGACUAUACAAUUAUUCCAAACUCGUGCUGUGGAUCACUGACUGCUGUGUGUGAUCCCCUACAGGCAGCAGCAUUAAAGGGUUGCAGAUUAAAAUUUGUAGAUUUUUGGGGAUCAAAUACGAAUCUAAUCAAAUAUGCUGGUAUGGCUGUGGCAGCUGUUGAGCUUAUUGCACUCAUUCUUGGAUGGUUCCUUUCAUCGAGUAUUAAAGUGAGCCAAAGGGACAAAAGAACGUAUUAAUAUUUUACUAUUUUUAGAAUUAUAAGAUUUAAAUAAAUUAUCAAAUAAAGUAAGUUGUAUAUCAUA